UCUCAUUUCCUCACUCAGGCUGACCAAUGCACAGGUCUUCAAGGUUUCCUGGUCUUCCAUAGUUUUGGUGGAGGCACUGGCUCAGGAUUCACCUCCCUGCUGAUGGAACGUCUCUCGGUCGACUACGGCAAGAAGUCCAAGCUGGAGUUUUCCAUCUACCCGGCUCCCAGGAUCUCCACUGCUGUGGUGGAACCCUACAACUCCAUCCUGACCACUCACACCACACUGGAACACACUGAUUGUUCCUUCAUGGUGGACAACGAGGCCAUCUAUGACAUCUGCCACAAAAACCUGGACAUUGAGCGUCCAGGCUACAUCAACCUGAACCGUCUGAUCGGGCAAAUUGUGUCAUCAAUCACAGCUUCUCUCCGUUUUGAUGGGGCCCUCAAUGUUGACCUGACAGAAUUCCAAACUAACUUGGUGCCAUACCCUCGUAUCCAUUUCCCUCUGGCUACCUACGCCCCAGUCAUCUCAGCUGAGAAAGCUUACCAUGAGCAGCUGUCGGUGACCGAGAUCACCAGUGCCUGCUUUGAGCCAGCAAACCAGAUGGUCAAGUGUGACCCUCGCCACGGCAAGUACAUGGCUUGCUGCCUGCUCUACCGUGGUGAUGUGGUGCCAAAAGACGUCAAUGUUGCCAUUGCCACCAUUAAGACCAGACGUUCCAUCCAGUUUGUGGACUGGUGCCCAACUGGCUUCAAGGUUGGCAUUAACUACCAGCCCCCUACAGUGGUGCCUGGUGGGGACUUGGCCAAAGUGCAGCGAGCUGUGUGUAUGCUGAGCAACACCACGGCCAUCGCUGAAGCCUGGGCUCGACUCAAUCACAAGUUUGAUCUGAUGUAUGCCAAGCGCGCCUUUGUGCAUUGGUACGUGGGUGAGGGGAUGGAAGAAGGUGAGUUCUCGGAGGCCCGUGAAGACCUCGCUGCUUUGGAGAAAGAUUACGAAGAGGUUGGUGCAGAGAGCACAGCUGAUGAUGAGGAAAAUGAGGGAUUCUGAUUUCCAAUCCGCUCGGGGCAAAUCUUUUCACCUUUGUUUGACACAAUUAAAAUCCGUUCUUUUCUGAACGGUAGCGUUCUGAAUUUCAUUGGCGUCCGCUAUUUGAGAAAUUGACCUUUUAAACACUCUGGGUUUUUAGAGUCGAGUUGAUUAUUUGGGAACUCUCCUCUGUUUUUACCUAAUCAAAAUAAAGGUUGCAAGAUGAUUUGGAGAAAUCUUUGACUCCUCUAAUUAUGAAGUGGGAUGUUGCAGUGGACUUGGGUUUUUUUUGGUGUUCUUGCUGUCAUCCUGUAGCCACAGUUUAUAACAAUGAAGCAACUAGAAGUACUGUAUUCAAAACAGGAAUUGGUACUUGGUAAUUACAAACCCAGGCAGGGGUUUCCACAAAACAGCAGUUAUCAUGAAACAUGUAGUUACCAAGAAAUGUUCUGUUAAAAAAAAGUUCCUCUCUCCUUUCAUUGACCUCUUUAAAAGAAGACAUCAGCUACCCACAAGUCUUCAAACUCAAGCCUACAAAAUCUAAUAAAUGUGAAGCGAAUAAAUAUCAGAGUGAAAAAC